AUGCCUGACGAAAAGAAACUUCCGUGGGGAAUUAAUGCAACAAAGCCCGGUUCUGCAAAGACUCUUACGAAAACUAAGCUACAAGCAUUUAGCAUUGGUACUCAUAAAAAGACGCCUUUUCAAAAGCAUAAAGAAGAACUAGAACAGAAGAAAAAGCAAGAGUCUGAAGAAGCUGCAAAAGUUUAUGCUGAAUUCGUAGCAUCAUUCGAAAAAGACGAAGGUGGUGGAAAAGCCUUUGUUAAAGGCGAAACUAUUGUACCAAAAUUAUUAUUCGAUCAUGAAGUGAUAAAUAUUAAAAAGGAAACACCUGUCCCAACGACUCCGCCAAAAUUAUAUAAACCACAAGCUUUCGUACCUGCUGUAACUACUAUUACUGAACGAGAACCGACCCCCGAAAUUAAAGUCGAAGAGAGCAUAGACAAGAAUGAGGAUGAAGACAAACAAGAAGAAAAGGCUAAAAAAAAGCGUAAUUUAGAUUCUUUUUUGGAAGAAAUUAAACGUGAACAAGAAGAAAGAGAGGAUCGGCUGAGACAAAAACAUGCAAAACUUGCUGGCGCUGGUGUUUCAACAGUCGGUGCAAAUGAUAUAGAAAUUGGUUCUAGCGAUGAAUUUGUGCCUACUUCACUAACAGUUAAAGCAGCUUUUGAGGAUCGACCUGGAUCACACGAUACCGGUGAUCCAAAUACGACAAAUUUAUAUGUUGGCAAUAUAAGUCCUGAGGUUAAUGAAGAAAUGUUAUGCAAAGAAUUUGCAAAAUAUGGUCCUAUAGCAAGUGUAAAGAUAAUGUGGCCACGUACUCAAGAAGAAAAAGAUAGGAAUCGUAAUUGUGGGUUUGUCAGUUUUAUGGAUCGUGAAUGUGCAGCUAUAGCCUUAAAAAAUAUGGACGGAAGAGAAUUACUUGGCUAUGUUAUGAGAGUGGGAUGGGGUAAAGCAGUACCAAUUCCACCACAACCUAUUUAUGUAUUGAAUGAAGGUGGACGACCACCGCCAAGUGGAUUACCUUUUAAUGCACAAAUGGUUCACGCAAAUAAUUAUGCUACUGUACCACCACCUGGGUCGACUACAGCCGUUUUAAAAGGUCCUCGCCUUGAGGUACAGGUUGCGCGGCCUGAAGAUCCUCAAAUUAUAAAAAUAAUACAUCGCAUGGUAGAACGUGUUGUAAAAUAUGGACCACCAUUUGAGGCUAUAAUAAUGGAUCGCGAAUGGAAUAAUUCCAAAUUUGGGUUCUUGUUCAAUAACGACUCACCUGAACAUAUUUAUUAUCGUUGGAGAUUAUAUUCCAUUCUCCAAGGCGAUCCAAAGAAUAAGUGGCGUACCGAAGCUUUUCACAUGUUUAAUGAAGGACCUAUAUGGGUUCCUCCGGAGAUACCUUUUGAUGAAGACGCCGCAGAUGAGUUAUUGGACUCCGAUGAAGAGGAUGAACGAGAAAGAGAGCGUGUUCCUAAAGGUACACUCGGCCCUAAAGCAAAACAUCGAUUAGAAGUAAUGUUACGGAAAUUGACCUAUGAGAGAGGCGCUAUAGCAAAAGCAAUGACCUUUUCCAUUGACCAUUCUGACGCUGCUGAUGAGGAAACGCCUAUUCCAAUCAAAGUUGCUCGACUAUAUUUGGUAUCAGAUAUUCUACAUAAUCGUAGUGUUUCAGUGCCGAAUGCCUGGAAAUUUAGAACAAUUGAAGCAGAGACUUUUAGGGAAGUGGCAAAAUAG